AUGUCUCGCCAACCCGGAGCUUCUUACUCGCGCGGCGAUGUCUCGCCCAUCAAUACCGAUGUUCAAAGCACCAUGAGCCAGAUCUCACCUGUGUCGGAUCUACGUAGCUUUCACAACCACCCGUCCGUCCGCCGCGGAAGCAGAGAUUAUAACCCUCAGCGGCACAGUGGUAUUGAACCCACGGAUGUUCCACCUGAGCCGCCCCAGCAUGGCAUCGUCAAUUCGCCGCAACAAUCGCAGCUCGCUCGAGCAACUUCCUUGCGCACCAAUGUCAGCGCAACGCCAGGCGCUGAUAAUCUAAGUGCCGCUGCUAUUGGGGGCGGAAUCAGCGGCAUUGCAUUUGGUGUCGCCAAUCGUAGCGAAAGAGAAAGCGGUCUAGAGGCUAUCCGAUCUAUAGGAGAGCGGGGGCCUGGUUACUACGAUGGACCUUCAGAGGCAAACUAUACGGAUGUCCCACACAGAGUAACAACAUCUUCUAAGUCAAACGAACAGGCAGACCCAUCAAGCAACUUGCCUCUAGGCGGGGCCGCUCUUACCGCAGGCGCAUCGCCUCAACAAGGGACGCCCAGUUUGACGCCCUCGAAUCCAUCGCAAUUGAGUGUCGGAGAUCCAUAUCCACGCUAUCCUGGUGGUGGUCUGUAUGAUGGCCCGUACAGCUCAUAUAAUGGCCACGACCCGACUUCGAUCAACCCCAACGACAUUGCUGACGACGGCGACGACGGUUUGAUGGUUGUGCCGCAGCAACAAACCCAGCGGCGGUCGUGGCUAUUUGGCAAGAAGGCUAACCAGGGGGCUACAGCUGGGGGCAUACUGGGCGCUGUAAGCAGCCUUCGCGGAAGAUCCUCGGCAUAUGGACCUGUUCCAGGGGGUGCUAGUGCUGGCGGAGCAGCUCAAGGAACUCUCGAUAAAGAUGCUCUCCUCGCCCAGCAAGCUGCCAUAGCUGCAGCUAAAAGGAGAAAAAAAUGGCUACUCACCCUGUUAGUGGCAUUUCUUAUAGUAGGAGUUAUUGUCGGGGCAAUCGUCGGAGGAAUAGUUGGCAGUCAACAUAGCAGUGACUCUGCGAGCGUAUCGAAUAAAGAUAGCAGCGCUGACCCGGGUACCAACAUUGAAACAGCCGCUGGGGAUUUGGCAACUAAUGGGGAUCUGGGCAGGAACUCACCUGAGAUUAAGAAACUCAUGAAUAACACAAAUCUGCAUCGGGUGUUUUACGGCAUGGACUACACGUCAUGGGGCGUCCAGUAUCCGCUAUGCUUGAAAUACCCCCCUAGCCAGAACAAUGUGACGCGUGAUAUGGCUGUACUCUCGCAAUUGACAAAUACUGUGCGAGUCUAUGGAACAGACUGUAACCAAACGCAAAUGGUUCUACACGCGCUCGACCGAUUGGAACUUACUGAUAUGAAACUGUGGCUCGGCGUAUGGAUCAACUCCAACGAGACGACUAGCGAACGACAGAUUCAGACUUUGUAUGAUGUGAUUGACAGCAUGAAUGAUACAUCUAUUAUUGACGGUGUGAUUGUGGGGAAUGAAGUCCUCUAUUCCGGGGGAUUCUCGGAUAAACAGACUGCCGAGAAAGCCCUGACCACGUACUUGCAAGAUGUGCGAUCUAACCUGACCUCAAAGGGCCUUAACGUGCCUGUUGCUACAUCAGACCUUGGCGAUGACUGGACGGCUGAUCUAUUAGAGGCUUCAGAUCUGGUGAUGGCCAACGUCCACCCAUUUUUUGGCGGAGUACAAGUUGAUCAAGCAGCGGCUUGGACCGUUGAGUUCUUUGACGAGCAUGAUGUCUCGUUGACGAGUGGAACAAAUAAAUCAGCAAUUAUCUCCGAGGUUGGCUGGCCCAGUGGUGGCGGCAAUGAUUGCGGUAACAACAAUUGCCAGGAUAGCACAUCGGGCUCUGUUGCUGGAAUCGAUGAGAUGAACAAAUUUCUGUCAGACUGGGUUUGUCAGGCUUUGAAUAAUGGGACCAAAUAUUUCUGGUUCGAAGCAUUUGACGAGCCUUGGAAAGUCAUAUAUAACACUCCCGGCAAAGACUGGGAGGAUCAAUGGGGUCUUAUGGACGCCGCACGCAAUCUGAAGCCAGGCUUGACAAUACCCGAUUGCGAUGGAAAGACAGUAUAG